CGAACAUGCGAUGAGAUGCAAGAGAUGAUCUACAAGCCGGAGGACAUCGAGUGCGGAGCAUCCAAGUUAAAUACUGGUUAAGUACUGUGCGAUUCCGCCUGAGCCUUCCUUUCUUUAUAUUCCUGUUCAAUCUAUCUAUUGUUUUCAUCUCAAAACACACAUUCCUUACUUUCUACUUCUGUGCUGGGCACUUUAAUUUUCAAUUCUCUAUCAACACAAAUUCUAUACAGCCUUUUCGACUACACCAUUUUUCGCUCAUUCACGAUGUUGUCUUCCAUUUUCAUGCUUGGCUUGGCCACUUCCGUCUCUGCACAUGGACUCCUUACCGCGCCACCCUCCCGUGCAGUUGGACCUGCAAUGAUCGAGAACUGUGGUCCAUCAGUCGCAGCCCUCGUCACUGCCGACCCCACUUCUCACGUUGAGGAUAUGCCUGAAGCUUCUGUUAAGGAACCAAAAUUCAAGGCCGACAAGUGCAAUCUCUUCUUGUGCAAGGGCCUUCAAUUUGACGAUAACAAAUCCCAAGUUCAAAACUUCACCGCAGGCCAGAAGGUGAACAUGAAAGCUAGUAUUCCUAUUCCUCACGAGGUAUGUCUAAUAUCCCUCUGCUAUUGGAUUGUUGGGUGCAUUGGUCUAAUUCUAUACCACAGGGACCCAUGAACGUCAGCGUUAUCAAGACCUCAACCAACAAAGCCAUCGGGUCACCAUUAAUUGAAUUCAAGAGUUACGCAGACGAGUCUCUUCCUGCUCUUCCAGCCAACAACACGGACUUUGAUGUCACAAUCCCAACAACCUUGGGUGCCGAUUGUACCGUUCCUGGUGAUUGUGUUCUGCAGUGGUUCUGGUUCGGAAACGGUAUUUAUAGACUCCUAGUGCUCAAUUUAGACGCUUAACUGACUUGCCAUAGACGCCAAGCAAACCUACGAGUCCUGUGUUGAUUUCGUCGUUGCCGGUGGUGCUUCAACAGCAAGAAACUCAUCUACCCUAGCAAGUACCCCAGCAAACCCAGUGAAAUCGGCAAGUCCCUCGGGCGUAGCAAGAUUGAAGUUCACAACUCCUUUGUAAUCGCCAAAGAAGGAAUAAACUGUAUAGAUCAGGGGCCGCUAGCUUAGGAACUGGCUGUAAUAGUUUUUGUGUUGUAUAAUAUAAAUAUAGACUGUUUAUACUUCAA